CAGCUAGGUGCAGCAUGUAUGAAAGCGUGCGCGAGCCACCGGAGCCUGUGUUUACAUGCGAGUCCAUCAGCGGUGGCGGAUUUAGCGCAUCCGGAGGACCCAGGCAUCUCCCGUGCUCCUCACCAGGGACUCGCCUCUUUUUGUCGCGCCUCGGGAAUCCCGCUUCUCCCUUUGACUCUCCCUUUCAAUGGCCUCUUCAAUCGCUCUCCUCCUCUCUGAGGCAUUUUGGAUUUCCUUGGCGACAUGGAACAGCUUAAAUUAGGAUUCUCUGCAUGACGGUCCUGGUAAGCAGUAGAAUGGUGACCUCGGAGGCGAGUGGGCACAGCUACCUGGUGGCGUGUUGGCAGCCCAUCCUGGUCCUGAUGUUGGGCACCGUUCUGUCCGGUUCCACCACUGGCUGCCCGUCCCGCUGUGAAUGUAACGCCCAAGAGCGCUCAGUGGUGUGUCACAGACGGAGGCUCGCCGUACUUCCCGAGGGCAUACCCAUAGAGACGAAGCUGCUGGACCUCAGCCGGAACCGCCUGAAAAGCCUGGGCCCUGAGGAGUUUAUCAAUUACCCCCAGCUGGAGGAGCUCCAGCUCAACGAGAACAAUAUCUCCUCGGUGGAGCCAGGGGCUUUCAGCAACCUUGUCGGCCUGCGGACUCUGGGGCUGCGGAGCAACCAGCUCAAACUCAUUCAGCUGGGAGUGUUCACAGGCCUCAGCAAUCUCACCCAGCUGGACAUCAGCGAAAAUCGAAUCGUCAUACUGCUGGACUACAUGUUCCAGGAGCUGUACAACCUGAAGGCGCUCGAGGUCGGUGACAAUGACCUGGUGUUUAUCUCUCAGCGAGCGUUCCACGGCCUCAGCAGCCUGGAGCAGCUGACAAUGCAGCGGUGCAACCUGACCUCAGUGCCCACCGAAGCCCUGAGCCACCUGCACAACCUGCUGUCGCUGCGACUGCGCCACCUCACCGUCAGCGCCGUCAGGGACUACUCAUUCAAGAGGCUCUACCGGCUAAAGGUGUUGGAGAUCUCCCAUUGGCCGUACCUGGACACACUGACCCCAAAAGGCUUGUACGGCCUCAACAUCACAUCCCUGACCAUUACGCACUGUAACCUCACUGCCAUUCCCUACCAGGCCAUCCGGCACCUCGGGCACCUGCGCUUCCUCAACUUGUCCUUCAAUCCAAUUCACACCGUGGAGGGUAACAAGCUGCAAAAUCUGCUGAGGCUGCAGGCCUUCCACUUGGUGGGAGGGAGGCUGGCCACGAUCGAGCCCUACUCCUUCCGAGGCCUGAACCACCUCCGGGUCCUCAACGUGUCCAGCAAUAGCCUAAGCACCCUGGAGGAGUCCGUGUUUCACUCCGUGGGGAACCUGGAGACCCUGGCUCUGUACAAUAACCCGCUGGCCUGUGACUGCCGCCUGCUCUGGGUCUUCCGCCGACGCUGGCGGCUCAACUUCAACCGGCAGCAGCCUGUCUGCUCCUCUCCCGAGGCCGUGCAGGGCAAGGAGUUCAAAGACUUCCCUGACAUCCUCCCCGCAGAUUUCUUCACCUGCCAGAAGUCCCGGAUCCAGGACCACAAAGCACUGCAGAGGCACGUGGACGAGGGCACGACGGUGCACUUUGCGUGCCAGGCGGAGGGUGACCCGGCGCCCGCCAUCAUGUGGCUGUCGCCGAAGAAGCAGUUCAUCACGACCAAGUCCGCAGGGCGUCUGAGCGUGUCCCCCGACGGCACGCUGGAGGUGCGCUACGCCCAGAUCCAGGACAACGGCACCUACCUGUGCAUCGCCAGCAACGCGGCCGGGAACGACACUCGGCCGGCCCAUCUGCACGUGCACAGCUACUCGCCCAACUGGCCGCACCAGCCCAACAAGACGUUCGCCUUCAUCUCCAACCAGCCAAGUGAAGACGGGAACAAUGGUACCCGGACCCAGGCGGCCUUCCCGUUCGACGUUAAGACUCUGAUAAUCGCCACCACCAUGGGAUUCAUCUCCUUCCUCGGCGUCGUCCUGUUCUGCCUCGUCAUCCUCUUCCUCUGGAGCAGGGGGAAAGGCAAUGUGAAGCCAAACAUAGAGAUUGAGUACGUGCCUCGUAAAGCAGCAGAGGCCGAAGACAGUAGUCCAACCGGCGAGACACCGCAUAAAUUCAACAUGAAAAUGAUGUGAGGCUGCGUGGGAAUGCGUAUAGGCACACUGGCUUGAAAAUGAGGACGGACACACCAGUCUUCUCUUUAAAUGUAUGUGAAAUGUAUGAGAGAAAGACACUGCACACAGCAUAAAGCCUCUUGAUUCUAUACUCAAGACUGUUUCACCUUCAGGGACUGAAUCUUAAACAGCGAGUGUUGGAUUUAAAAGUAUUCAAAUCUCUGUGAAUUUUUAUGGGCAAUAGUCAUUAAAACAAUAAGCCAGAAAUAAGCCAGUCAUGUUUUCUGCACCUUUCCAUCAGAAAAGGGCAAUUGUCUUUAUCUAGUCUUUUGACAAUGUGUCUUUUUUCUGUAUCUUGUUCUUCUUACCAUGCAAUGGAAUGGUCUCAAUACCACUUAAAAGGGUAAUUCGUAAAAAUAAAGUCAGGGGGACAGCAAUGACCGUAAAAAGGAAAAUCAUGAAAGUUUGUUUUAACUAUACCUUUAAUGGCUAUGGGUUGUGAGCAUAUUACUGUAUAACGAGCAAUUCAAGGAAUGUAUAUUACUAUAAGAGAUUGGCGUAAGCAAGGAAAGAAAGGUAAACAAUUUGUUUAAAAAGCUAUUAUGCUUGACAAUCAUCAAAAUCACAAAAACCAUUGUUAUAAGCCACAGAAUAAGUACAGUGUAAAAAAUCAGCUAUGGCUCCUGUGAUAAUGUCUUGUUAGCUGCAUAUGCACAAAUUGAACCUUUUGUUUGCAUUAUUAUGGACAUGCUUCAGAUGAGAACUGUGCCAUUCAUGAUUUGAUGCCUUAUGUUUUUUCUCUCUGUGUAUAUUCUUCCGUUUGCAGUGAUCCGGAACACAUUGUCAUAGUACAGUCCAUGUUUAACAGGGUUUAAUGUGGUCACGUUUAUUUUACAGUCGUAGUAUGCUCCGAUGGUAAUGUGUUCAUAAACCCUUAAAGGGAUAGUUUACUCAAAAACUAAAUGUUUUCUUACAUUGUCCAUCUGAUAAUACUGUCCAUUAAAAUGUUGUAACAGUAAUUGUAAUGAUCCAUUGGACAUAGGGGAAGAAUAGAUAGUUUGAGCAGUGUGCCAAAUUUAAACUCAUGCUGCAGUGAUAGUUGUGCACCAAAUGUGGCAGCUUAGCCCGCUAAAACAUGCAAGGCUGCACCACUCAAGUUUUCAAAAUAGCACACUUUCAGUGCAAAUACUCCCAGCAAAAACUCCCACGAUGACGGUUUUGCAUCUUAACACAUCAUUAUGUGAUUUUUUUUUUACCUGCACCGAAAGUAAAAACCUGACCACUGACAUCUUUGUGGGGAUUUUAUUAUCGGUGGACUAAUAACAUAACAACAUUUUAAAAUAAUUUUGUGUACACUAUCCCUUUAAAAUACUGGUUUUGAAGUAAUGGACAAAUUGAAAGCAUAUUAAAACAAUAACAUUUUAUAUA